GGUGACUUUAAUGGACGGUGGAUGACACAAAAACAACAACGACAUAAUUUUAAAGGCAUCUUUGUGAGGCGCCGCCUGUCAAAUCUGUCAGGGAAGCCACGAAAGUCGCAGCUGCCUCUUUGACAGCUGCAGGAGGAACGACACAAAGUUCCACUCAUGUUUACGCAUGUUCCUCAGAAUAGAGCUGGGCUUCCUGUAUGCUGUUUGUGGUUUGUUGGCACAAAGCGCCGCGUCGCCACAGCGCCGUCCCCCGCUGCUGGUGGUGUCGUUCGAUGGCUUCCGGGCAGACUACCUGCAGAGGUUCCCUAUGCCCAACCUGACGCUCUUGUACAGCCAAGGGGUCCUGGUGGAGCACCUCACCAACGUUUUUAUCACAAAGACCUUCCCUAAUCACUACAGCCUGAUGACGGGACUUUACGCCGAGUCUCACGGCAUCCUGGCCAGUGCCAUGUACGACCCCGUCAGCCACAAGCACUUCAGCGUCGGCAACAGCAGCGACCCCAUGUGGUGGAAUGCGGCGACGCCUUUCUGGAUUUCCGUCAACCAAGCCGGCUACACGUCGGCGAUCGCCAUGUGGCCGGGCUCCGAGGUGACCAUCCGCAACCAAACGCCCUCACACUUCUUACCCUACAACAGUGACGUGACCUUCCAGGAGCGCCUGUCCAACGUGACCAACUGGAUCCUGGGAAGCGAGAAGGACGAAGGGGCGCUAUUUGGAGCCUUGUACUGGGAGGAGCCUGACCGCUCAGGUCACAUGUUUGGACCUGAUGAUACUGAGGCCAUGGGCAGAGCACUGAAGGAUGUUGACGACAACGUUGGCUUGAUGAUAUCGGAACUGAAAAAGCGCGGCCUGUGGGGGCGCAUCGACGUCAUGGUGACCAGCGACCACGGCAUGGCUCAGUGCUCGGCCGAUCGCCUCAUACGCCUGGACGACUGCUUACACGCCGACAACUACACCAUAGUGGACCUCACCCCUGUCGCCGCCCUCAUCCCAAACCGCAGGCCCGAGGCGGUCUUUGCCCUGCUGGAUAAGUGCCACCCAAACAUGACGGCCUAUUUGAAGGAGGCCAUCCCUGACAGGCUGCACUACCGCAACAACGAGCGCAUCCAGCCCAUCCUACUGAUCGCUGACGAGGGAUGGACGAUAGUGCGGCGUGGGAACAAGCUACCCAGACUGGGCGAUCACGGCUACGACAAUUCCUUACCCAGCAUGCAUCCCUUCCUGGCGGCGGCAGGGCCCAGCUUCAAAAAGGGCCUCCGGCUGACAAGUAUGCAGAGCGUGGACAUUUACCCGCUCAUGUGCCACCUGCUCGGCGUGCCCCCGCAGCCCAACAACGGCACCCUGGGCAACGUCCUGGCCAUGCUGGCGUCUGCGGACUACUGGAGUUUGCCCGUGGUCGUGGGUCUGGUGCUGGGUGUCCUUAUCACGCUCGCCACCAUACCUGUCCUGUUCAAGCUGGUUGGACGCGUGGGCCGGCCGCCAUCCCUCCAACCCUUCCAGAGACUUGAAAUUGAACACAGCGACGACGACGAAGCCUUGCUGGAGUAACGCCAGCCCGGCUCACUCAGGUCUAUCGGUGCCUGCUCGUGCACUUUACCCACGCCGAACUCUUUUAGGUCACACUGUUUUUCUGAAAAUACCUCCGGGCUUAUCUUGAAGACAAAAAAAAAAAAAAUGCCAUUUGAUGAGGUCGCGGGUGGAAAUAAUCGUUCAGCCUUUUGCUAUACCUACCAAGCUGGAUCAAAACUAUCCAAACCGGUUCCCAUGUUGCAUAGACUGCGUUAGUCAGUGAUUUCUUGUGAAUAGAAUGAUGUGAAAAUUUCAACGCAAGUAUUUUUGUGAAGAUUUGUCCGGUUUUGUUUUGUAGUGCCAACGUCAGCAGAAAACGUCCAUAUACAGUGCAUCCAAAAAAGUAUUCACACCGUUUAUGUUACAGCUUUAUUUACAAUUGAAAUAAAUAUUUUUUCCCCUCAAAAUUCUGCACACAAUAACUAACCCCCAAUGACAAUGUGAAACGUUUAUUUAUUUAUUUUUUUUGCAAAUUUAUUUAAAAUAAAUAACAUAAAUCACAUGUACAUAAGUAUUCACAGCCUUUGCUCUAUACUUUGUUGAUGCAUCUUUCGCAGCAAUUACGGCUUCAACUUGUUUUGAAUUCAAUGCCUCAAUUUUGGCAUACCUAAUUAUUUUUGCAGCUCCUCCCGAGCUCCAUCAGGUUGGAUGGAAAGUGUUGUUUUUAGCCAGGAUGUCUCUGUACAUUGCUGCAUUCAUCUUGCCCUUUAUCCUGACUAGUCUCCCAGCUCCUGAAGCUGAAAAACCUCCACACAGCAUGAUGCUUCACUGUUGGAAUGGUGUUGACGCCUGAAUUCGAUCUUUGUCUCAUCAGAACAGAACAUUUUGUUUCUCACGUUCUGAAAGCCUUGCUGCUGUAAUUGCUGCCAAGGUGUGUCAACAAAGUAUUGAGCAAAUGAUGCAACUGCUUUUGUACAUGUGUUUUUUUGAUUUUUGUUUUGAAUAAAUUCGCAAAAAAAAUAAAAAAAAUGUUUCACACUGUCAUUAUGAGGUAUCGUGCGUAGAUCUCCAAAGACAAAAAUGAAUAUAUUUCAUUUUGGGAUAAGGCUGCAACAUAACAAAAUGUGGGAAGUGCUUUGAAUACUUUCCGAAUGCACUGUGUAUAUAUACCGGUGUGUGUGUAUAUAUAUUUUAUCUGUGCACUAUUUCAACCAGGGGUGUCCAAACUUUUUCCACCGGGGCCUUUUUGAUAUUUCUAAUUUCAAAACCAGUCAAAUAUAUAGAUUGUUUUAACCCAGGAGUGUCCAAACUUUUUCCACAAAGGGCCGCACACGGAAAAAUUUAAGCAUGCGGGGGCCAUUUUGAUAUUUUUCAUUUUCAAACCAUAACAACAUAUAUGGAUUUUUUUUUUUUAAUCCUUAGGACUCUUGGGGAGCAUAGAGGGUCUCAGUCACUAAAAUGUUAAAAAUAAGUCCAUCCAUCCAUCCAUCAUCAUCCGCUUAUCCGAGGUCGGGUCGCGGGGGCAACAGCCUAAGCAGGGAAACCCAGACUUCCCUCUCCCCAGCCACUUCGUCUAGCUCUUCCCGGAGGAUCCCGAGGCGUUCCCAGGCCAGCCAGGAGACAUAGUCUUCCCAACGUGUCCUGGGUCUUCCCCGUGGCCUCCUACCGGUUGGACGUGCCCUAAACACCUCCCUAGGGAGGCGUUCGGGUGGCAUCCUGACCAGAUGCCCGAACCACCUCAUCUGGCUCCUCUCGAUGUGGAGGAGCAGCGGCUUUACUUUGAGUUCCUCCCGGAUGGCAGAGCUUCUCACCCUAUCUCUAAGGGAGAGCCCCGCCACACGGCGGAGGAAACUCAUUUCGGCCGCUUGUACCCAUGAUCUUAUCCUUUCGGUCAUGACCCAAAGCUCAUGACCAUAGGUGAGGAUGGGAACGUAGAUCGACCGGUAAAUUGAGAGCUUUGCCUUCCGGCUCAGCUCCUUCUUCACCACAACGGAUCGGUACAACGUCCGCAUUACUGAAGACGCCGCACCGAUCCGCCUGUCGAUCUCACGAUCCACUCUUCCCUCACUUGUGAACAAGACUCCAAGGUACUUGAACUCCUCCACUUGGGGCAGGGUCUCCUCCCCAACCCGGAGAUGGCACUCCACCCUUUUCCGGGCGAGAACCAUGGACUCGGACUUGGAGGUGCUGAUUCUCAUUCCGGUCGCUUCACACUCGGCUGCGAACCGAUCCAGCGAGAGCUGAAGAUCCCGGUCAGAUGAAGCCAUCAGGACCACAUCGUCUGCAAAAUUAUUAUUAUUAUUUUUUAUUUAAUGCUUACAGUAAAUCUCUAUAUCAACUUGAGGUUGAUAUAAAGUAAAACAAAUAAGGUUUUAUGCCUUUUCUGUCAAAGAUAACUUUGUUUUUUUAUAGUAAAACUGAAAUAUGCAGUAUUUAGAUAGAUAUAGAGAUAGUACUUUAUUGAUUCCUUCAGGAGAGUUCCUUUAUUUAGCAAUUAAAGCCCUCAAAGAUCAAUAAUGCAGGACACCAUUGAUUUUAAUUAUUUAAUAUUUUUGAGUAAUCACAGUGAAAAGGUAAAUAAAAUCACACUAAAUAUAUUUGAGAUCCGAAAGGUUCCCCACUCAUAAAGUGAUACAUUUUCAUUAGUUUUUGUUUUACUUUUGACGCUUAAAUUUCAAGAUCAACUUCCGAUAUAUCUGUCGAUUUUAAGUCUGAACUAUUAUUUUGUUUGUUUUAUGCUCUUUUGUCAAAACUUUGAUGUUUUUAUAUGGCAACCACACAACAUAUGCAAUAAUUUUUCCACAUAAAACAUGUUAGAGUUAUAAUUUUUAAGUAAUAAUUCAUUAUAACAUUGAUUUUUGAGCAAUGGAAAAAAAAGAAAAUAAAGACAAAAGGAACAAAAAAACUGCCUGCAUGGCAGCUUUUUGUCUACAUUACCACUUUUACUCAUUAGAUUUCACCUCAUUCCACUUUUUUUAAAAUUUAAAAAAAAAAAUUUUGCAAUACUAUCAAUUUUGCAAUUUUUGCAGAAUGUGUGGCGGGCCGGUAAGCGAUUAGCUGCGGGCCGCAAAUGGCCCCCGGGCUUCACUUUGGACACCCCUGUUUUAACCUUUAGCGCCCCCCCCCCUCAAGUUUGGUCCCAGAUUGCUGAAGGCUUGCAGUCAUAAAAAUGUUAAAAAUUAGUCAUAUUAAUAUUAUUUUUUUCAAUUAAAUGGGUUGUACUUGUAUAGCGCUUUUCUACCUUCAAGGUACUCAAAGCGCUUUGACACUACUUCCACAUUUACCCAUUCACACACAUUCACACACUGAAGGAGGGAGCUGCCAUGCAAGGCGCUAACAAGCACCCAUCAGGUUGGUACUAGGUGGGGAUUGAACCAGGAACCCUCGGGUUGUGCACGGCCACUCUACCACUGCGCCACGCCGUCCCUUAAAUCUCCAGAUCAGUUUUAUGGUCAAUAAGUCAAUACAAAGUGUUUUUUUUCUAAUUUGUAUCCCCCUUUGUCAAAUCACUGUAUUUUUUGGGAGGGAGUGGACAUAAUAUUCCCCCCCAAAAAAUAUUCAUAGUGGAAUAUGUGAUGUGAAGUAAAUAGAGCCUUAAAAAGUUCAAUCAUUCAUAACUUUCCUUUUAUUUCAUUUUAUUUUUUAAUAAAUCCCACAAAAAAAAAUGGGUAUCCAAAAAGUAUGAUUAAAAAUGUUUUUUAUUUUUAUUUUAAUGCAUCGCUAGAUCCACUUCAGAUCCAUCUGUUGAUUAUAUAAAGUUUAGGCAAAACGUUUGGACGCACUUCAUAUCAAUGUGUUUUCUUUAUUUUCAUGACUGUUAACAUUUUAGAUUGUCACUGAAGGCAUCAAAACUAUGACGCCUGUGAAGUGAAAACCAUUUCAGGUGACUACCUCUUGAAGCUCAUCGAGAGAAUGCCAAGAGUGUGCAAAGCAGUAAUCAGAACAAAAGGUGGCUAUUUUGAAGAAACUAGAAUAUAAAACAUGUUUUCAGUUAUUUCCCCUUUUUUUGUUAAGUACAUAACUCCACAUGUGUUCAUUCAUAGUUUUGAUGCCUUCAGUGACAAUCUACAAUGUAAACCGUCAUGAAAAUAAAGAACACACAUUCAAUUAGAAGGUGUGUCCAAAACUUUUGGCCUGUACUGUACGUCAGCAGCCAAAUUAGAAGCCUCUGUUACCCCCGUUUAAAAUCAUUCAAUUCUAAUUUACGUGCCAAAUAAUAAACGGGGAUAUAUGCCGUUAUUGCAUGAGGGUGCAAUACAGAUCCAUCCAUUUCCUACCGCUUAUUCCCUAUGGGGUCGCUGGUGACUAUCUCAGCUACAAUCGGGCGGAAGGCGGGGUACACCCUGGACAAGUUGCUACCUCAUCGCAGGGCCAACACACAUAGUGAAGUGAAGUGAAUUAUAUUUAUAUAGCGCUUUUUCUCUGCUGACUCAAAGCGCUUUACAUAGUGAAACCCAAUACCUAAUUUACAUUCAAACCAGUGUGGGUGGCACUGGGAGCAGGUGGGUAAAGUGUCUUGCCCAAGGACACAACGGCAGUGACUAGGAUGGCAGAAGCGGGAAUCGAACCUGCAACCCUCAAGUUGCUGGCGCGGCCACUCUACCAACCGAGCUAAACCGCCCCAUAGACAGACAACAUUCACACACUAGGGCCAAUUUAGAUUUGCCAAUCAACCUAUCCCCAGGUGCAUGUCUUUGGAAGUGGGAGGAAGCCGGAGUACCCGUAGGGAACCCACGCAGUCACGGGGAGAACAUGCCAACUCCACACAGAAAGACCCCGAGCUCGGGAUUGAACCCUGACUACUCAGGACCUUCGUAUUGUGAGGCAGAUGCACUAACCCCUCUGCCGCCGUGAAGCCCGCAAUUCAGAUCACAAUGUACAUUUUAAGCCUAAUCACCCAUCUUUAACUCAAGUAAAUAACUGGAUGACUACUUUUGACUUCUCUUACUUGAGUAUCAAACAAUCAAUCAAAGUUUACUUAUAUAGCCCUAAAUCGCGAGUGUCUCAAAGGGCUGCACAAGCCACAACGACAAGAUAAGACACUUAUGACCCAUAUGCAUUCUUGGGGCUUGCUCAGGAUGUCUCCACUCCAUUCUUCCUACACCCUAAACCCCACCUUCUCUAAGUAUGGAACAAACUUUGCUCCAAUGUUUGUACAUCACUAGUUUAUAUCGUACCGUAUUUUCCCGGACUAGAGAGUGCACCUGUGUAUCAGCUGCACCUACUUAGUUUGAGGGGAAAACAAAUAUUUGUCCAUAUAAUAGUAAUAGUUGCACCGGACUACUGAAAUGAGAUUUUCUUAUCUAAACGGGGGAGUUCAGUUUUACAGCUACUCUUUCCACUUCUGAGUGUGUCAUAUGUAAACGUUUUCUGUAGAAGAGAGUCCAAUUUAUAUACACACACACACACACACACACACACACACACACACACACACACACACACACACACACAGCUACUCUAUCCACUUCUGAGUUUGUCAUAUGUAAACGUUUUCUGGAGGAGAGAGUACAAUUUACACACACACACACACACACACACACACACACACACACACACACACACACACACGGGGGCAAAAAAAGUAUUUAGUCAGCCACCGAUUGUGCAAGUUCUCCCACUUAAAAUGAUGACAGAAGUCUGUAAUUUUCAUCAUAGGUACACUUCAACUGUGAGAGACAGAAUGUGAAAAAUAAAUCCAGGAAUUUUAAAUAAUUUAUUUUUAAAUUAUGGUGGAAGAUUAGUAUUUGGUCAAUAACAAAAAAUCGACUCAAUACUUUGUAAUAUAACCUUUGUUGACAAUAACAGAGGUCAAACGAUUAUUAUAGGUCUUUGCCAGGUUUGCACACACAGUAGCUAAUAUUUUGGAUCAUUCCUCUAUGCAGAUCUUCUCGAGAGCAGUAAUGUUUCGGGGCUGUCGCCGAGCAACACUGACUUUCAACUCCCUCCACAGUUUUUCUACGGGGUUGAGGUCUGUAGACUGGCUAGACCACUCCAGGAAUUUCAAAUGCUUUUUACGCAGCCACUCCUUCGUUGCCCGGGCGGUGUGUUUGGGAUCAUUGUCAUGCGUGGAGACCCAGCCACGUUUCAUCUUCAAAGCUCUCACUGAUGGAAGGAGGUUUUGGCUCAAAAUCCCACGAUACAUGGCCCCAUUCAUUCUUUCCUUAACACGGAUCAGACGUCCUGUCCCCUUAGCAGAAAAACAGCCCAAAAACAUGAUGUUUCCACCCCCAUGCUUCACAGUAGGUAUGGUGUUCUUGGGAUGCAACUCAGUAUUCUUCUUCCUCCAAACACUACGAGUUGAGUUUAUACCAAAAUGGAUACAUGGAUGAUACAGCAGAGGAUUGGGAGAAUGUCAUGUGGUCAGAUGAAACCAAAAUAGAACUUUUUUGUCAUUAUAUUUCCCAAAAAUAUAAUUUCAGUGCAUCCAGUACAGCUCGAAGGGGAAGGGGUAUGUAUGCUGCAUGUAAAUUUUGUUGAUCAGUCUUCUCCAUUGAACAAAGGGGUCUUCUUUUUUUUUUUUUACUUAAAGUCAUAUGAACAGUUGUAACCAUUGUUGAUUUAGGUUUCACAUUAGAAUAAGAGGAAAACGAAGGGAGUCAUUUUCUUUCAUAGAAACGUUAUCAAAAUGAUAUUAUGGUUUGACAAAUUGGUCCAAAAAGUAUUUGACAAAGUUGUUAUUAAAACUUUUUGGUCCCAUUUUCUUUCAACAAAAUAAAUCAAGCAUUGUGAGUGUAUCAUA